UCUGUAUGCACACUGUGCGGUGACUGUUCCUUUAUAAAGUGUUGUAUAAGACAGUCAUCUUAUCUAAAAUACGUGCAGUACAUGAUGAUAUAUUGAUUUUGGUUUUCAAAGAAAAGGAUAUGACUUGCCUUUUUUUUAUAUUGCAUAGAUUUGUAGUUUAUAAUGUUGCUCUUCGGAUUCUUAGUGCAGAAGGAAAGUUAAAAUGUGAAACUUUCUUAGAAAAGAGUCAAUUGUCUAUACUUUCAAACUUGUACUUGGAAAUUAUUUCUCUGAAAAGGCCACGAUAUUUGUUGAAAGAUGUUCAGGUUAAAUGUCUAAUUUAGUUUACAUCUAUUCCAGGACACCUCACCAAACAUAGACACUAGAAAUACGGAUGUUCACGGACUACUUGCCAACGCCCAUGACAACCCGUUUUCUUAAGAUAAAAAAAUUCAAUACACGUUUAUUUCAAACUUGCGCUUAACAUAAUCUCAGUAUUGCUGAUACUAAUUAGCCUGCAUUUUUACCUUGGAAAGCAGGUCAGCCAUAUUCAUCAACACCGUAAUCGGAUAAACUGUAUUGUGUCAACGUGUGUGUCCUUGUGGCUAUGGAGACAGUCACACUCGCAUACUCGGCGUUUCAUAGAGCCAAUGCAAAUCAAGUAAAAUUACCAGGAGUCGUGUUUAUUCUAGACGAUCAGCGGAGUCGUAAUUGAAUCGAUAACGUCUAAGCUUGCACAGCAUACAGAUACAGCAAUGGCGGGCCUCUCCGAUGGACUGUUCGAACGGUUUCUUUCUGCGGCCAUAGCGACGGUUAUAACGUUUGUUCUGUCAUGGCGAUUUAUUCUCGAGUACAAAGGAGGACGCGUGCUCAGAAGGUCUGUCAAGGACGUAGACGAGGAGGAAAACGUCGACGACGGCCUCGGUGACUAUGCGACUCGCUCUGAUAACAACAAUGGUAGUCCUACUUCGGCAUACUCCUUGGAGUCCGACAUGAUGGCUCAGCCGGAUGAGAUUAGAUUCAGUGCAACAGCGGAGGGGGUGCGACAGACGUAUGUAAGCCCUAAAUAUGUCGUUUCUCCAACUCAACCUAGUCAGUGUUCUGAAAACACCGGUAAGAGACGUGCAACCAACAUGUCAUCGCUUUGUCGCAGUAACAUAAAUAUUUCACGGGAAUGCAAGGGGCGUUCAUGUGACAACAAUUUGCACACAGCCGACCAACCAGUCGUAUUAGAAUUAGGUCUAAACCAGGAUUUGAAGCAAAAUAGAAAGUGCGUUAAACCGUGGGACUCGACCAAAGAGGUCCCUGAGAACGACGUUGAGACUGGUUGCUUCAGCGAAAUCUUCGUUCGAUCAGCCUCAAAUAAUACCGAUAAGCGCAUAUUGCAGAAUGGUUCCUCCUGUUCAAUAAGGGAUGUCCCGAAGGAUACUCUGGCUAAUUACCCAUAUACUCCCCAAACAGAAGAGUACAAUCUAGAGGACGAACUCCAGUCGGUUACUAUAGUUACCAAAGACUCUACAGUGAAUAUCGAAUACAGGCAAAUAUUAGAAGAAGAGGACUACCAAUCCCUUCUUGACCUCUCCCCAGAGAGCAGCGUAAAGAAACGACGGGCAGGACAAGCGUCGAGUGAGGACGCCGUGGACAGCGACGACGCCAUAACUAUGUCCAGCAAUACCUAUUCUCGCAAAGAGAGCAUUUGGGGUUACCAACCCGGGUUACAAACGAUCACAGAGCUUCCCUGGGAGGAUAUGAACGUUGACUGGGAUAGCGAUGUCUCUGACGUAGAUAUUGACGUGGACAGCGUUACGGGGAGCGUACGUCUCGUGCCAAAGGGCUCGGAUUCUGAAGACGAUUCAGAGGGGGAAUACGACUGUUGUGAUACGAAUAUUCAGGGGACAGAUGGAGGCGAUUUAGCCAAUUUAGAGUUACGUGGCGUGGGAUAUUACCCAAGUCUGCAAAGAAAUGCCAAUAUUUCCCCGACAGAAACGACAGAGGAGGGCGCAGCGGGGCCAUCAUUAAAAUGCUUGGUCACGAACGCGCUGUCAGGUAAUGCUGAGACGGUUACCGGUCAAGUCAAUAUUUAUCCGGAUAGUGACGAUAAUUUUACUACACGUAAUGAACGUUUACAACUUCCCCGCUCCGCUGUGGAAGACAAUAAAAUAAUAUCAGAGGGAAGUCGUAAAAAAUAUUACGUAAAUGAAACUGAUAGGCACAACGGCUCUCUAGCCUCACCAGCAGACGAUCAGAUAGAGGACAUAAACGCGGAUUUGCCUUACAGUGCUAGUAGCAAAAUCUCGAUGCCAGCAUCAGUAGAGAAUGCCCCCAAAUCACAACCCGGCUUGUUCAGCGUCGAUAACUUUAAUNCAAUAUGCAACACUAAUAGCAUAUUGAAAAAUGUGAUGAGUCAGAGGCAGAUGGGGAAAGAAGACAAAUUGCUGCGUACUGUCUUAUUGAUGAUUCCAAUUACUGACCAAAUGAUGGCUGUAUUGAGUAGAAAGUGA